CAAAGGCAUUGAUCGAUUUGUAAAAUGAGAUAAGAAGUAAAUACUUUUCAGUUUUCUGAUUUUCGUCUAAUUUGUUAACAUAACUAAAAUGCGGUUAAUAUAUCUGUAUAAUUCUUUUCUUGUCUGUGUGGCAUUUGUGGAGUGUUGUGACUUCACUGACUUAUCUGGUACUAUAUUGGGAUGUGUACAUGACGACAAAGAAGUUCACAUCGAGUCUGUUCAAAACGGUACCAUCACAACAGGCUCUGUCUGCAUCGUUGAAAACGCACUUGGAGUACAACACGUUCAAUGUGAAGAUAAACAAUGGAUCAUACACAAAGAGGUCAUUGAUAAUAAAAGUCACGUAAGACAAAAAAGAGGAUGGUCCUUCCGAGGAAUAGUCCAAAUUGUAGGUGAUGUUUUCAUAGGAGCGGUACGGGGAGUCGUAUGUGUUGCUACACUAUUUUCAUCUUGUGCGUUCGGCGACAGACGUCCUUCUGAUAGAACGCCUCCUGGAAUGACAUGCACACCCCCGAUAAUAUUUGUAACAGCCCAACCGUUUACUUAUGUUGCCAGAGCGGCUUGGCAUGAACCUGUAGCUUCUGAUGAAACAGACGGACGAAUCAC